ACGCUUUCUUGCUGACAUGGAAGACGACACAUAAGCUGCAAGUUUUCCUCGUGUGAAAAGAUGUUGGCUUUCACCUCUCUACUCAUGAAGCGAGAAGCUGCACGAUGUCAAAUACCAAUAUUCUCAUACACAUUUUAAAUGCGCUCAUCGGCGGCCUCUGCAUUGCCAUCCUUGGUCUUACAGCACACGCAGUAGCAUUGAAAGAUGAGCUUGAUAGUAUCUUGCCAUCUAGUGUUAAGAAGACUGGCAUGACGUUCCUUUUCUGGCCUGGAUGUGGUGGUCUAGUCGAUAUGCUGCUCUUCAUUCUAUUAUGGAGUUUGACUCCCUGGAAACAAGGCUCAACUAACAAACAAGCCGCAUAUCUCAAUGGCCUUUUGUUCGUCGCAAGCUUCAUCCUCGGUCGUCCACUCAUAGUACUCAUUUUUACUUUCGUUGAGUGGGGUCGUGCCGUCAAGAGCGAGACUAGUACAUAUUCCGGAUAUCUUACUGUCGAGACCUGGGCAUGCGCGUUUUCGAAACAGAAUGGGAACAACUUCGCAGACUCUCUUUGUAAAGAGCUCCAGGCAGCGCGCUAUCUCCUCAUACCAGUGCUUGUGCUGGGCGCUAUGAUGUUGACUUUGAUGCUUCGGAAGAGAUUCCUUGUUGCGAAAGGGGUUGUGCAGUAAGGACACGCUGCAGCGAAAGUCCGUUACCCGGUGUUUUGCAAGUUUAACAGUAUUCAUGCUUCAUCAAUCUGACAUCAUAGGGAUGAUAUUUAUGUAGUGUUGUAUUGACUUUUCCACGGUAUUGUGCAUCCAAGAAUUGGUGACGAACGCGAUCG